AUGGAAGGGGCAAGGAUAAAGCGCGAGCAUUCUGAUCUGUCCGACGACAGUAGUAACGCCAAUGACCGGCCGCCUAAGAAACUAAAGGUUUUAGAAAAAAGCAACAAUCAGUUGCGUGAACAGUACAUCCAGAAAACAGCCAAAGAGCGCGUCAACCAAAGAAUUGAGCUCAUCGAGACAAAAAUUCAGCAGAACCACCUAACCCUCGAAGAGACCAUCGCGGCUAAGGAGAAAGAGCCGGAUAAAGCCAAAUGGUAUGACGAGAAAAUUGCCGAAAUACAGAAAGAUACACACGAAAAUCUAGGCAACAGUAUCCGUUUACGGCGCAAUGAAGAAUACUUCAUUGGCGCUCUCACCGUCUUCAUCAGAGAGAGCCGUAGUGGCGUACAAAGCCUCACCACGGAAGCAUAUCUCGACGAACUCUGUAAGCACGACGAAAUACUACCAGCGAACUGCGCAAAGCACAAUCCGAACAGGGCACUACGCGAAGAACAUCGCAAAGUCUGGGAGGAAGAGUGUAAAAAAUUCUACGCCGUGGAAGACCCUAAUACCGAGAGUGACGCCAUCUGGUGCUGCAUAUCGCAUGCCUGGUUUCCACCGCAACGCAUGAAGACGAUGGACAUAAUCCCGCACGCCCUAGGGGAGAACAAUAUUGCAUAUAGUUUAGGGGAACACGAAGCGCGUCACGGCCACUUAUUCGACGUUCGAAACGGCUUAAUUAUGAACAGAGAGCUUGCAGAGGCUAUCCACAAGAGCCAGAUAAUCAUCGUACCAGCAGAAGCCACCAACAACACCGGGCGAAUAGAACUCCAAGUCGAAGUCAUCGACAAGACAAUCUUACAAGAAACCUCUCCAACCCACGACGCAAUUCCCUGGGCCGAGCUUCAGGGACGAAAGCUCCAGUUCCGAAACGAAAACCAGCCCGGAUUCCAGUACCUCUACUACACGAUGCUGAUGCGGUUAUUCCUGCGCAAGCGUCUCGAGGCCAAAACCUGGCGGCCAGACGCAGUCCGCUUCGCGGACGGCAGCCUGUGGGGCGCGCCGGGAGAGUAUUGGCUCCGCGGCAUAAUCAUGGUCGCCAUGGCCCGGAGAAUCGGCUUCAUCGCCGACCUAGAAGCGUUUCUGGGCAUGGAACUGGCCCGGACUAAACUACGUCCUCCUUACUAGAAGAGAGGUUGCUCGCUCGUGGCUUUGGGCGUUGAGACCGGGGUCGGAAGAGAGGAUUCUGAGAAGUGAGGUUGCGUGACCUGUUGGGGGCGUUUUGGUAUUCCUUAGAACCAGUGAAUAGAGAUUGCGGU